CGGGUGAAUGUACUCAAUACAUCGUUCGAGUGCAUAUUUUAUUCUCAAAAAAUAUGGCCGAGUAUGUACCCCUGGUUUAAAUUCUUCUUUUCAUCAUCGAUUGAAUCCACUGCAUCUAUUGAAUUCAUUGAAUUACCACUGAAAUGAGCAAGCAUCAAUACCAACAAUUCCGAAAGGCCGGCAUCAUUGAAAAAGUCUGUGUCAGAGCUACUUCCACCUCUGCCGGUAAUGCCAGCAGUUCGUCAUAUUAUGUGGAUCUACUAGACGUUCAAGACUGGUUUCCGGAUGCAUUGUGGUUUAAGUUGGAUGGGUUUCCCAUCCCAUUCCUUUUUGAUUCUGAUGGCAUGAGAUUCGAACCUCCACGCGGUGCUUUCUAUCCUGACAAGGUUCUGGACAUCAUUACAAAUGUAGAGAUUAAAGACCUAUUAUUGGAAGCCAAAGAGAAGGACAACGAAAUACUUAAACUGGAAUGGGAGUUGUAUUCACUGCAGGUGAAGGACAAAGAGAAAGACGACGAGAUAUAUAAACUGCAAUUGGAGACAAUUAUUUUGCAGCAUCAAGCCCGCGACAGACUUGCUAUCCUUCAAGAGCACGCCAAUGCUAUUCUUGCCCAGAACUUUGAGCUACAUGAGUAUUCAAUCCCUCGGUUAUUUAUAGUUUUGCCUGUCGAUACCACCAAGUGGGAUCCAAUGAAUAUCUUGAGGAACAAGUUCCGCCUUCAUUUCCUGUGUGAAGGUGAGAAUCACACCGUAAAGGCAGGCAAGAGCAGCCAGAGCCAAAUCCAUGUUGUCCAGCGUGACGGAUAUGAGAUCCAAAAUAGUACGGAAUUCUUCCACAAGUACGGAAAGUACAUACUCAUCCUUUUACAGUGGCUCAAGUCAGAAAAGUCCUCGACUCCUCUGGUCGAUGCUAUCAAUCAUUCAAUCGAGUAUAUGAUGGCACUGACUGUUGAAUAUCCAACCUUGAAAAAUAUCAACUCAAUCGACGACUAUGAGGGACUUGAAGUAGCAGAUCUCCGACAGCUGAACACAUUCCUUCAAAUCAAUGAUAAAGAACAGCAACAUGGCAACUUGCACAGAGUCAUGACGGAAGCAGGGCAUGUCAAAUGGGUUUGUCUCGACCACUAUCACGCCAUGUAUAAUGAAAAAGAACAGAGAGCCUUAGAAAAUACAGUGAAGAUGGAUGGCGGCAAAUGUGAUUCGUACCUUGGUAAAGUGGUUAUCACAUUGAAGUCAAGAAAUAGAGCUAAAGAAUUCUUCGCCGCUCUGGGCAAGACAAGAGGUGUUUAUGAACUGGAUAUCACAUUCAACUGGGACUGGACCAAGGCUGACCUUGAAACAUUUGAGGAUAUACUAAAGAAGUCAAGCGUAUCGAUUCUUCGACUUGAACUUGGACGGUUUCAAGAAGGCAUUAACUGGCCAUUAUCCAAAACAUCCACGCGAUAUGAAAUACUUGCUCGCAUCAUAGAACUAAGCAGUAUGAAGGCGAUCCAUCUUGUUUUAUCCCCAGAGCUCAUAAAACUUUCCAACCUACAUCCCAAAAUAUCGCCACGUCUUCAUAAGCUAACCAUUGAGAUGAAACCUCGAAAAAUUGGGCCUAAUGAUUUUAAAGAACUUGCGCAUUCACUCAAGACCAACACCGUUUUGACUAUCUUGAACCUGGAGGGCAACUCAAUUGGAAAGGAAGGGGCUCGGGUGCUGUCAGAGGCACUCAAGACCAACAGCACUUUAACCACUCUGGACUUGGAGAGUAAUUCAAUUAUGAACGAAGGAGCUUUGGUACUGGCAGAGGCGCUCAAAGUCAACACAACUUUGACCACCAUGAAAUUGACGGACAACUCGAUUGGGGAUGGAGGAGCUCUUGCGCUGUCAGAAGCACUCAAGGUUAAUGCGACUUUGACCACUAUGGGCUUGAAGAAAAACUCAAUUGGAGAUAAAGGAGCUCUUGCACUAGCAGGGGCACUCAAGACCAAUAGAACUUUGACCAUUUUAGACUUGUACAACAAUUCAAUUGAGGAUAAAGGGGCUCUUGCACUAUCACAAGCACUCAAGGCUAAUAUAAGUUUGACCACUUUGUACUUGAAGGGCAACCCGAUUGGGGAUGAAGGAGCUUUCAUGCUGCUAGAGGUACUCAAGACCAACAUCAUUUUGACCAGUUUGGACUUGUUUGAGGAAUGAAUGAGCCCUGACGCAAGACUAAUGCGGUUUAGACUUCAAUAAAUGAGAGACACUUUGAUCGAGCUUUGGCGCUCCUCAGGGAGGGGGAGAGGCGUUCAGUGUCGCCUGGCUGACUAUGAACUGUUGUUGUUAUUUAAUUAGUUU